ACGAUCUCCGAACGCGGACGCUGUCCCACUUCGCCAUGGUUGUCGCUUUCGAUACUCCCGCAUUCAUUCUCUUGUUCUCGCAACCACGACAGCAUCGACAGGCCUGUCGUUAGAGAGCACAGAAAUGUCCGAGAUUCAGUUUGACCCAACAACCCAUCCUCAUCGCCGUCUCAACCCUCUUACGGGAGAGUGUGUUCUCGUCUCUCCGCACCGCAUGAAGCGGCCUUGGCUAGGCCAGACAGAGCCUCCGCAGCCGUCUACUCUUCCAGAAUACGACCCGAAAUGCUACCUCUGCCCAGGGAACGAACGGGCAGGUGGGCAACGCAACGCCGUCUACGAGCACACCAUGGUCUUUGAGAACGACUUUGCUGCCAUUCUUCCGCCUCCUGCGCCUGCGGCACCGCCGGCGCCCCACCCAUUGCUCACAACGGAACCGGUACAGGGCGGCUGCGACGUGCUCAUCUUCCAUCCGCGGCAUGAUCUGACCCUCGCGCGGCUGCCUAUCACGGACAUUGAGCGGAUCAUUGAGGAAUGGUGCCAGAUCUACACCAAGAGAGGCUCGGAAGAGGGCAUAAAGUAUGUACAGAUUUUCGAGAACAAAGGGGCGAUGAUGGGCUGCUCGAACCCGCAUCCGCACGGACAGGUAUGGUCCCUCUCAGCGGUGCCGUCCCUGCCUGCAACGGAGUUGUUCAAUCUUAGACGCUACGCGGCCUCUGACGUUCCGCCAUCGAGUGCACCUCGAGGCGAGGACGGCCGCCCGUGCAUGCUUUGCGAGUACGCACACUUUGAAAUUGGCGUCGAGCACGAAGCGGGCAGAGUGGUCAUCAAGAACGAGCACUGGAUCGCUCUGGUGCCUUGGUGGGCCGUUUGGCCUUUCGAGGUUCUCUUGCUUCCUUAUCACCGCCACAUCCCGUCUAUCCUCGAAUUAAACCCGUCGGAGAAGACUGCCUUUGCAGAUGUUCUGUCAAGGCUUACAAAGCGCUACGACAACCUCUUCUCGUGCUCGUUCGCGUACUCCAUGGGCAUCCACCAGCGUCCUGUGCCUCGCCAAGCCGACAGGUCCUCGGAGGACGACGUCGCACACCUGCACCUGCACUUCGCUCCGCCGCUUCUCCGGAGCGCGAGCGUACGCAAGUUCCUCGUCGGAUUCGAGUUGAUGGCUGAGCCACAACGCGACCUCACGCCUGAACAGGCUGCGCAUCGGCUGAGAGGAUGCUCGGAGAUGCACUAUCUCGACGCUGCCAGUCAAGCCUCGCUCGAUGCAAUGCAUAGCUGAUCGGGUGAUCCAUGGAACGGAUACUAAGUAAUUUUAUGCAUCACCUCAUGUGUAUUCAAGCUAGAGAGGGAUAUCUUUUGAGCUGCUCUCCGGGUAGUCUUGCCAAGCAGGCAGACAUCAUUGGCAGGACAACAUUCUUGAUAUUGACGAUGUCAAGUGGUAAAGAGCUCGCUGAUUCGGCAUGUCUUUGCAUCAUCCCACACACCCAUACUCAUCUGAAUCGUGGGCUUGUUCGCCUUCUCUCAGCAUGGCUUGAUGUCAUACACGCAGGAUAGCUGCUUUUCCAUCAGCCAUAUCGAAC